ACCCCUCUACACCUCGCGGCCGAGCAAGGGGACGUGGACAUGAUAGGGGGUUAUCUCGUCAAGCACCCCGAAGACAUCGACAAGACAAACGAACAAGGCAUGACGGCGCUGGUCAUCGCAGCCAAGAACAAGCACCGCGACUUUGUCGAGCGACUGCUGGAACAUGGGCCCAAGGUCGAUCUUGCCGACGAAAAGGGCUGGACGGCGCUCCACUGGGCGUCCGUGAACGGCGACUUGGCUAUCAUUGAGCUUUUGCUAGGCGAGGGACGCGGCGGCGUGGCUGAUCAGACAAACAAAGACGACGCCAGCCGA